ACACUGGCUUGGCCUUCUGUGUAUUCGGGCGACCUCCUGAACUUCGAACUGCCAUAUCACACAGCACAAGUCGAGUCUAAGAUAAGAAGCAGGAUAACUUCCCUCCCAAGGUCGGCCCUGGAGCUCAGACUUCCUAGAGGCUGACUCUGCUGCAGACCAUGGCGUUCGACGGGACUUGGAAGAUAGACCGGAAUGAGAACUAUGACAAGUUCAUGGAAAAAAUGGGCAUCAACGUGGUGAAGAGGAAGCUGGCAGCUCAUGACAACCUGAAACUGACGCUCACACAAGAAGGGAACAAGUUCACAGUCAAAGAAUCAAGCACUUUCCGGAACACCGAAAUCGUCUUUGAGCUUGGCGUUGCUUUUACUUACAGCCUGGCGGACGGAACUGAACUCAGCGGGACCUGGAACCUGGAGGGAGGUAAACUUGUUGGAAAAUUCAAACGGGUGGACAACGGAAAGGAGCUGAACGCUGUCCGCGAGGUGGUCGGAGGCGAGAUGGUGCAGACCUACGUGUACGAGGGAGUCGAGGCCAAGAGGAUCUUCAAGAAGGAGUGAGUGCCGCCUGCCCGGGGGCUCAGCCCAGAGCCAGCGGACGCAGGGCCCACAUCGGCCCUGACCCGCC